AGAGGAACAACUCUUUUUUUUCAUGAGCCCUUUCAACAAGUUGAAACACUGAAUCGGAUCAAGGAGGAGCUGCUUUCGACCAAACAGCCUAUUAUUAUGGAAAUCCCUGCCAUAAACUUAAAGGCCAUAGUUUUGGUACACUGGCUGCUUACUGUAUGGGGAUGCAUGGUGUGGCUGCCCAAGUCCUUCCCGUGGGGGAACUUCAGUGUUUUAGCAGUUGGAGUGUGGGCGAUUGCGCAGAGGGACUCAGUCGAUGCAGUUCUAAUGUUUCUUAUAGGAAUGGUUAUGACAAUAUUGACCGACAUCAUCCACUUCUCACUGUUUUAUGGACCGAGCAACUUUGCACCAGAAAUGGGGCACGACGUGUUUCGCUUCAGCGCAGGAAUGGCCAUCCUCAACCUGCUGCUCAAACCUGUUUCCUGCUUCUUUGUCUACCAAAUGUACCGCGAACGAGGAGGAGAGUAUAACUUCAACUUCGCAGGUUUCCCCACCGUGACGCGGGAGAGAGCCGCCUACCAGUCCAUCGACAAUCAGGAGGAGUCGUCGAGACAAGUAAACCCCUUCAACCAGGCCCAGGACAGCAAACCAGGACCCCGCAGUUACUGAGCAAGGCAGCCGAUGAACCCCACAGUCCCCCCCCCCCCUCCAGUCUUCACGCAGCAGACCGAAAGCAAACACUUUUACAGUUUUAAAGUGACUUAUUGCUUGAUUAAACUCCUUCUAAUUGGAAUUUGUGUUUAAAGAACAGUCAAACAUAUUCAGAGUAAAAUCUGCUCUCCCACAACCAGGCUCCGUCUGUGUCCACGACUCCUACAGGUUCUUAGUGGACGGAUGUUUGAAUGAAAUUGGUGUGUUGUAAAUGAUGGUUACUUUGUACGCAGUAUUUUAUAAGUAUUUUCCAGUAACUCUUAGUGUUCUAGUACAUGACAUUGUAUUGACUCGAGUAGAGGAAAACUGAAAUAAAAGUCGAUUUCUCUUCCUCAGAAGCUACCCUUCGAGUUUUUCACAGAUAUCAAACAUCCUUCGGCUGAGUUUUAAGACACGGUGUCUGGUACUGAAGUCCCAAGUGAGGCACGGUGUCGUCUCACACAGACAGGCUGUUUAUUUGUCACCAUGUUAAGUUUGUUAGUAAGGUCUAUGUUCACGCUAAUGUCAUCAAGCUGCCACUGGAACUGUAAACCAACACAACUGAUUUGUGUAAACUCAUUCUGUGUAAAAGUAUCUCGUCCUUCAUCAUUAUCAUCUCUCUGGCAUUACUUUAUUACGUGAUACCGGUUUUACUGAGCAGAAAAAUGACACAGCUGUCGUUUGUGUGGCGCUGAUCAUGAACAGAGCCUUUCAGUUAACAGCAGCGACUGCAUAAGAAGAGAAAGCACUGUUGUGGCUUUCCGUCUUAAGCGGUUGCAUCAUUUUACAUUUGGUUCUCUUUUCAAUUUUGUUAGGACUUCCUGUUUUGAAAUCAUCUUCAUCCAUCUGGAGGAAUGAAGAUGUUGCAACUAUGUCAUUCAUUAUUUAUCUUUGUGAAAUCAUCACAAUGUAGAGGGGUGUGAACAACAACCCUCAUGUCACUCACACAUGCUCAUAAAUAUGAAGGUCUAUAUGUUGUAAAAAAUAAAUAACUA